AUAGUCCCAUACCAAACCCCACCACGCAAGUCCAAGCUCCAAGCUUCCUCCACUCUCAUGGCCGCAUCCCACAUUCCAAACCUAAACUCACUACGGCGAGGCCGAGGUCGCGGUCGAGGCACAGGUCGCGCAGACUCAACCGCCCCAGGCAAAGACCGCGUCGUGCAAGGAACUGACAAUGACGCAAGCGUGUCCCGCCUCAGCGCCGUCGAACUGGGAUACCUAGACGACGCAUAUGCAACGGCAUUGACACCCCUAGGGUCCACGACACGGCGGCUCCCAAUUAUCAACAGAGGAACCUACGUUCGCACGACAGCCAUCGACCAGCUCGUAGCUCGCUUUCUCGGUCCAUGCAAGCCAGAAGGGCAGUCACACAAGAAACAGAUUAUCUCGCUAGGUGCAGGCUCGGAUACGCGCGUCUUCCGUCUUCUCUCGUCGCGACAAGCUCCCGACUUUGUCUACCAUGAGAUUGAUUUCGCGGUUAACACCACCGCGAAGAUUCGCACGAUCCGCUCGGCGCCGAUAAUUCAGCGCGCGUUGGGAAUUGGCUCGGAGAAGAAUAGUAACAAUUCGGUCACGGUGUCGGAGGCAGCAGAUGCGCUUCAUUCGCCUGUUUACCAUCUCCAUCCUGUUGAUCUGCGAUCACUAGCUAGGAGCAGUGAUGCUGGCGCCAUAUUGCCGGGUGUGGAUACGAGUUUGCCGACUCUUUUGAUUUCGGAAUGCUGCCUUAUCUACCUGUCACCCCUUGAGGCAGAGGAGGUAGUUUCGUUCUUUACGAAACGUCUCUUUGAUGCGGCAGAUACACAGGCACAAUCUCCGCUGGGGUUAGUUCUCUAUGAGCCUAUUCGCCCGAAUGAUUCAUUUGGUCAAGUUAUGGUCUCAAAUCUCGCGGCGCGCGGUAUCCAGCUUCAGACGUUGCAUCGCUAUGCGUCGCUCGAGGCGCAGCGGGGCCGGUUCCGAGAGCAGGGCUUUGGGAACGGCCAGGCGGCGGCUGAUAUUGAGUUCAUCUGGAAACAGUGGAUCAGCGAAGAGGAGAAGGAGAGGGUUGCGGGCUUGGAGAUGCUGGAUGAGAUAGAGGAGUGGCAGCUUCUCGCAAGGCAUUACUGUAUUGCCUGGGGCUGGAGAGAUCGUGAUGAUAUUGCGGCUUUCGCUGAGUGGAAGGAUUUAGAGGCUCAGCAAGGCGAGUAG